AACAUACCGUUGGAACAGCUCGACAAACAAUAACCAUGUCCGGUCGCUUAAGCCGCUGCCUCAAAUCGUUGGAAUCCUCUGGCUUCCUUCGCAGCACAGACAAUACGAAUAUUCCCGGCAUAGAGCUACUGCAUCAUGGCUCUGCCUUUGCCAAGCAACUCCAACAACAAUGGCUCAGCAUGCGGCCUCUAGCUGUACAUUUUGGCAGCGUCCCGCACACAGAAUCCAAUAGCCAGCAUCGGUUUUCCUUUGUUCAUUCCAAGGAAUUCCGGAAGCAUUUCCGACUGCUAAACCAAUCACAUCCAAGCAAGUCCAAGUGUCCCACGCUGGUAAAGCAUCAACGCAGGUUCACUUUCAAGUCGGGCCCCAAUUCAAGCUUUGAUUACACACAAUCCGUCACGCAACUGAUCACGGAUUUCUUUGUUGAACCACAUCGCGGACUGGAGCAUUUUUAUAAUGUGCAACGCGAGAGUAAGAUUUGGUGGAUGCGCUAUUCGUCAAAUCCCAGUCGUUAUGCAAUUGUUCCCUAUGAUUUCCAGUCCGAAUCGGAGCUGGGAGAAGAUUGUCAAGCUAUUGACAUUAAAGCUGCAUUCGGUAACGAAGAAGAGGUCACUGUGGAACAACUUAGUCUGGUCUCGUUGCCUGGUGACGAGGACUUUGAGUUACCCGACGCACGCACUGGACAAAUGCUGCUGCCCAAGGUUAUACGCUCGGUCAUCGAUCUGGAACCAGCCACCUGUGCGCUUUUGUUGGACGGCUGUGACCAUGGACGGGAGUCGCGAUCACUGCUAUUAAAUCGCGUGUUGGCACCGUAUCAAUGUGGUAUUGCAGCCAUUCAAAAGACUGAGCAGAUCUCGCCAGAUCUAUGCGAUCUGUGCGCCCACAUGACCGACGUCCUGCGGAGCGCACGAUUGCGUUUGCAUUUGCUCGAGGAGAAUGGUUACACUCUGGCGAGGAAUCGAGUACAGCUGGCCCAGCAUUUUGAGCAAUCCGACCGCCUGGGCGUUCCCUAUACGCUGCUGUUGGAUGAGGAUCAAGCGCUUGGCAAUGGACUGAUGCAGUUGCGCAGCCGUGACACGCAACUGGCAGAAUCCAUUCACAUUAGCGAUUUACCAGACUAUUUAUUAAAUAUAUUUCGAAACUAUUAAAUUCAUAAUUUACAUUGUUUAGACUA